CUGUGUAGUUACAUUUCUUCUUUUCGAAGGAAUGCAACGAAACUGCCUGGCUGAAUGGGUUGGUGUAAAUUUCACGUCCGCCAUUACGCGACAAACUCUUUCGCACGAGACGAGUUAACACAGCCAGAAAGCGAAAUUUAAAACAAAAAAAAAAAAAUUCGCCGUUUUAUAAAAAAAAAAAAAUAAUAAAUUUCUUUUCUUCAAACCAACCGCCUAAUACCCCUCAAAUAAAAAAUAAUUUAUAUAUUAAACGGAAAAAUUUUUACAUUCUUUCGUCUGAAUGUGGAAAAAGCAAGUUUUCUAGUGUGGACUGGAGAGAAAAAAUCCAAAAAUCUUUCAGUCGUUUCGUUCAUCUUUCUCAAUUUUCAACCUCCAACCAAUUGUAAUUUAUUAUCCAUGGGAAAUUAUGAUCGAGCAAGAGACGACAUGAAGUCUUCUUGGUUGACAACGAUGACAACUACAGUAACAGCAACUGUGUGUUCCGAUACCCGAUGUGCCGUGUGGCUAGCUGGCAUACAAGAUAAUAAUACACACACACACACCGUCACCAAUUGAAAAUAUAAUAUAACAAAUUACACCCUAAUGAGAGAGAGAGAGUAGAACAGAGAAAUUCAUACUUGCAUUUCUUGCUCUCUAAAUUUAAAAAUAAUGAUUGUGAAAGAGAGAGUGUUAUUUUUGUUUCACUAUUACCACCAUUCACCUUCUCUAUUUUCUACUAUAGUGUGUGUUAAUUGUUUGUGAACUUUCGGUGUAUAUUUUUUUUUUAAACUAAGUGUGCAAGCUACUGCCCUUAUUUUGCGAAGAAAUGAAAAAAAAAAAAAAAUUGAGUGAAUGUGAUUAUGCCUGCUUACUUUUUAUUUUCCUUUAAUCGAAUUGUAAUUUAUUUGCAUUUAAGUAUUAUUUCAUGAUAAGAAAAAAGAAAUCUCCAAAUUGUAUGAAUGAUUUGCGAAAAUCUGCGAGUAAUUCAAUUCUGUUCCAUAUAGAUUUACAACCCUUUCAAAAAAAUUAUUUAUUUUUGUCUACCUCUCUCCCUCUCUCUCUCUCACUGUAUCACGAAAGUGGAUUGAAUAUGUGGUGCUAUUUCGUUUUUCUAUUCAUUUUUUUUUGUGUCGUCGUUCAAGUUCUUCAACAAACAGCAAGCAACAACAACGCAAAAGUAUUAAAAAAAAAUGUCAUAAUUAUGUUGCAGAUAAGUAAUGUGCGUGUCGCUCGCGAUUGACUUUUCAUUUACAGACAGUUGUUGUUGUUGUUUGUUCCUUUCCUGUACAAUACUUGAUUUGAUUAAGGAAUCAAAAUCAGCAGGCAGCAGGACCCCGCCGCAACUAAAAAUGACCACAAGAAUGAAAGAAAAAUCUUGAGAAAGCGACAACGCUCCUGAUAGAGUUCUACAGAGCAACAUUCCAUCACCCAUUUGCAGCAAAAGAAAAAAUAUAUAUAUAUUAUUUUGUUAGUAAGAAUCAACACAAGAGAACAAGAAAAAUAAAGGAAGACAGUAAAGCAUUCAAGUAACACCGGAGGAAGAAAAUAAGUCAUAGGUUGUUGCAACUCUCAUUCAUUUUGUAUAAGAAAAAUAUAUUAACAAAACCAAAAAACAAAAAAAAAAAACAUAUAAAAAAUAAGGUUUGUGUCAUAUCACGCUUCGGCAGGUGAAAUCACCACCACCGAACGACCAUCCGCACACAUAAUACAACACUAUUAUUUUUUAAAUUCAUUUUUAAAUGAGCAACAAAUUGAUUCUUGAUUUGACGGUUCGAUUAACACAAGCCCUAGAUCAGAAUUAUGAUGUCGUUAACAUGGAUACAGUUCUUGCAGUCAUAUCAGCGCUCGAAGGAGCAACGAUUACAAAAGAACAAUUGGAAACCACCAGACUUGCAAAGCACAUCAAUCAAUUGCGUCGACGCAAUAAAAGCAAUAUUCUUGCAAUACGGGCUAAGAAUCUGCUCAAGAAAUGGAGAGAAAUGUUUGGAAUUACUUCACAGGCACAAACUGAAGCUGCUGGUGGAACUGGAACAGGUACAUCAGUUACCCAACAAUCAACUCCAACACAACAGCCAGUGCCUAAACCAGCUUUGUCGAGUGCAUCGCAACCAGCAUCACCAAACACAAACACACAAUUGUUGGGUGAAAAUUUUGAUAACUCUUUGUCUUCGAUUGGUGUUGAUUUUAGUCGAACAACAACGACAACCAAUACAACUCCAGCAACGGGUGGGGGUAGUAGUAGCAUCAGCAAUACAGGAAGUGCCAAUUUUAAGUUUAAUAAAAAAUCAGUAACAGGAGGAGCAGGAGCAGCAGCUGAUGUUACAAUAAUUGGAAGUAGAUCGAAUGGUGCUCUAGGAAAACCAACCAAUCGAAACAUAACAAAUAAUAGUUUGCCAGCCACAACUGCAACUGCAACAGCAAACAAAGUAAAACAUCCAACAAGUUUCAAAAAUCUUAUAGUUGGAUUUAACGCUAAUAACGCUCCAAAGCAAGCAAAUUCUUCGUCCGCUUUAAGUCCCAAAGUGCUGGCAUCAAUUACAGUCGAUGACGACCAUAAUCAAUCGCAACCAUCGGUGUCGUCUGCCCCAGGAGGUGGAGCAUCAGGUAUACCCAAGACCAUUGUAGCUGGAGUUUCCUCGCCACGCACACACAAAUCGAUGAAACGAAAAGAGCGCAAUUCUCCAGUCGUGAUGACAUUUAUGGAUCAUUUGAGUAGUCCAAUUGCUUUUGAGAAUCUUACCCAUGAUCAAACGACGACAGAACGGUUUUCAGCUCCUCAUCAUCCAUCAACGCGAAAUCAAAUUAUAACAUCAACCAUUGAUCUUCACGAUUCGAAUUCAAGUUCAAAUUUCGCUGAAGUGACUGAAGUGGUCAGCAGUAGCACUACCAUCAAUGCUAUGGGUGGUGGCACAAGUAGUGCUGUUAAUGGUGGACGUACUUCAUCUGCUGCAAUCGGAAUAUCAAGCAACAGUAGUAGCAACAAAAGAUUAAGAAAAGAAAAAAAACAACGUUCGAAUGAACGUGUUGAAUUAGUUACAGAGUCUGAACAUUUUCAACCGACAAUUGACGAAUCGUCACGAAUUGCUUUUCCUAUAUCAGGCAUUCAAGAGUAUUUGUCACUGUCGAAUAGCUCGAUGAGCAUUUUUCCAGCUGGAUCUGGUGUUGGCGGUGGAACAGACCGAUUUUCAUCGACUGCAAAUGAAGACAAUCAACCAGCUGAUUCAACGACUGGACGUGAUAAACCAGACGGUGACUUAACUUUUGCUGGUAAAUUUAAACUCAAUUCUGCCGGUAGUAUUGAAGUUGAAUCUAGUUCGAGUUACUACAAAGGUGGAGGAGGUGGAGCGGGAGGUGGAGGGAGAACAGCAGCAGCAAUAGAAACAGCUGCUGCACGAGGAGAGAAUAAUAUGUCUGUCAUAUCACCUGGUGGUGGUAUCAGUGGUAGCAAUGAAGUUGUAAUUAAUAGUACAGCAGGUGUCAGCGGUACAGCAACAACAACAACUUCUGCAUUUCUUCCAUUUAGUCGAAAUUCCAAUGAAAGUUCAUCAAAUAGUCGAACAUCGCAAUUAGAUUUGGUUGAUGUUGUAAAUCAGGAUAGUCAAAGCAUGAUUACUAUUGAUGAUUUACGACAAACAACACAUCACCAAAAACAGUCUUCCAAUGAGAAACCGACGCAACAAGAAAUUAAAUUUCCCAAAGAUGUAAUAAGUAACGCAUCAAAACCACAACACCAAUACUCAUCUAAGGAACACAAUGUAAAGCUUUUUGCAUCUGCCAAUCAGCGUUCACUAAAUGCCUCUCUGAGCAGCAAACCCUCAACACCUAAUUCAGUGCUACCAAUUGUUGCUCUUUCUUCACCACCCGUUGAACAAAAAGUUCCCAAAAAACGGGGUCGAAAAAAAGGAUCGAAGGGAGUUGACUCAGUUUUGGCACAAUCAGCUGGAUUAAAUUCACAAUUUCUUAUGAGCCCAGCUUUGGGCUCUAGUAAAAAAGUCAAAACUACAAGAGAAUUGCUUAUCGACAUUCAAAGUCGCAAAAUGGGAUCAGCAACAUCAUCUCCAACUCUUAUGAACUGGUUUGGUACAUCCCGUCCUGCAUCGUCGUGUUCGGAACCUUCAUUGCAUUCGCCAAGGACCUCUGAUGCUAAUUCUACAAAUGCCACUACAUCAACCGCAGCUCGUUCUACUCCAGAAAAAAAUGCAUCAAAUAAUAGCAUAGCUGCAGAAGAACUCUAUGAAUCUGAUAGUGAUACAAAUACAUCAGAGCCCUCGCAUGAUAUAAUUAAAAAAUCUGAAGCAGCAACCCACUGUGGUAGUGCUAUGGGGACUGCUGCUGCAACAUCAUCAAUUGAAGAACAAAUAAAAGAACUAAUGGCUCAGCUGCCACCGGUUGACCCUCAGAAAAUCGAUUGGGAAGCUUAUGAAGAUGUCCCAUGUACAUGUUCUUUGCGUGAAAUUCCACCAGAAGUUCCUGUAAAAGUCGAUGUCGAUGUCAAAACAGAAAAUAGUCUAAAUUUGUUAGAAAAUGUGGGUGCUAUUAAAAAUGAAGACGACGAAGAACCUAUUAUAUCGGUUAGUCUUCCCAUAGCAGCUCUGCAACCUCCACCACAACCAAUAGAAGCACCACCACCUUUAAGAUCACUCUCCUCCCCUAUUCCUAAUCUGCCUCAUCACUCACAAUCAGCACCCGUAUCAACCGUUACAUCACCAGUUGUGCCUCCAAAAACGGCGACAAUUCAUCAAAUGAAACCAACCAAAUCGAUAUUUGAUCUUGAUUUCGAUGAUGAUAAUGAUCCGUUGCAUAUGUUUGUAGAAGCGGCUAGUAAAACUAAAAACGGCAUUAUAUCAACUCGUCAUGAAGACAAGUCAUCAUCAUCAUUAAAAGAGCUUCAAGAGAAAAGCGAUCGACAAGAAAACGCAGAUGAAGAUGAAACUUCUAAAAGCAAAGAGGAACACUUGAAAAUUAAAUCUCAGUCCGAACAGAAAGAUCGGCUAAAUAAAAUGCCAGUUUCACAACAACAGCAACAAACUUUAGCACCUCCACAGCCAGAACAACCUUCAGAUCAAAUGAUGCCUUUGUAUUUGAAUUUUCCAACUUAUGAAGUUGUCGAAGAUUCAGCUUGCGAAGCCAAGCAACGUUAUGAUAUCCAAACAAAUCAAAUUACCAAAUUUCAUAUAAAUGCGUUACAUAAUUGUUACAUACCGAAUGUCAACGGUAAUUGGGAUCAUUCAACUCCACCUAAUAAUAUCGCUAUCGAUGUCGAUGAAAGUGUUAAGUUGGAAAAUGAUAGUCUAUAUGCAAAUGUUGUGCCAAAGUAUGGUUGUUUAGUCAAAGAACGAAUACCAAAGGAUCUGAGCUACGUAAAAUUUACAAAAAAUUUCAAACCUAAUCUAAAUACAAACAAAAAGUCUGAUAAACCACCGCCGCUGCCUUUCCUGGGCGUAGCUAAUAUUCAUAGACGGCAACACUUUCAUUUGCAUCAUUAUCAUAGAAAAUUAAAGAAAAAGGCAGCAAAAAAUCAAAACAGCAAAGAUACCAACAAGAAGCAAAGCAAAAAAUCAUCAAAUGAGAAAGGCAAAACGAAAAAGAAAAUAAAAAUAACUAAAAUCAAUGGUGAUGAAGCAGAAGCAGCCGUUAUAAAAGAUAACAAUAAUCAAGGUGCACCAACAUUGUUUGAAGAUAAAGCGACGGAGAGUACUACUCCUUCAAUCGCAAUGGAAAUUGAUGUUGAAAGUGUAAAAAUACAAUCAAACACCGAGGAAACAGUAACAAGUCCUCGUCCGCAUCCUCAAGUGCAACAGCAUAGUCCAGCUACUAAGACUCUCAUAACAUCUUCUUCGCCCGAAGAUAAUUUAGAAUCAGUAAAACCACUACAAGAUGUGGGUAAUGAUAUACCACAACCCACUUCUAUCGAUGCAGAUGCAAAACAGUCGGUUCUAAUUGUAAACGGAAAUGUCCCACAUCUGAUGAACAAUAAUAGCAUCAUCAAAAGUGAUGACGAUAACGGCUUAAGUUGCGACGCAAAACUUAUUAAAAGCAGUAAUAAUAGUAGCCUCCAGCAUAUUGAAGUCGUCAAUGAUGUGGAAGCAAUUGCGACUAGACGGAGUAGCAGUUGCAGUAAUUCAAGCUUAAAACAAAAUCAAAAUUCAAUUAAUAUGAAGUUGCGGCAGCAUCGCUUGGAACACUUACAACAUGAGAAACGUAAACGCAAACAUUUGUCGUCAUUGACAGACGUCUUUGAGUUCGAUGCAGACGAAGCCAACAUGGAACAGCAACACCUGACCUCCACAGUUCCCCCUCUAAUAAAACGUAUUAAAAUAGUCAAUGGCAAUUAUGGCGAAGCAAGACGCCUCACAAACAGUAUGACAGAUAGUAGUUGCUUAGAUGAUGAUAAUGACUCGGAUUGUUAUCAUGUUCAUUCAGAAAAUGAUAUAAUUACUGAAGAAGAAGAUGAUCCACCAGAAGAUGAUGAUUUUGAAGAGGUCCUAGACGAUUAUGACGAAGAAGAUGGUGAUGAUGAAGAAGAAGCCGAAGAAGACUGUGGUGAUUUCCAUGAAGUAGUUACACGAGAUAUGACAUCUUCAACAACUGGUAGUAAUCAUAUAGUGCUGACCAUUAAAAAGACACCCAGUAAAACGAAUUCACCAUCGUCUUCAUCGAUGUCACCAGCUCCGCCGCCGUUGGCAUCGUUAAUUCAAAGUGCAAAUGCCAAAAUAUCUUCGCCGAUAGUUGAUGGUCUUUUAAUUAGUAGUACUGAUGCCGAUAACUCAAGCAGCAAAUUGGAACUCGGAAAAUUACUCGAUCUAAAUAGAGUAAAGACUGUCGAUUUAGUUACCAAACCCGAUUUCUUUUUGCCAGAAGCAACAGAUGUAGCUAUUUACAAUUUUCACUUAAAAAAGAAUGGCGAUAACGAUCAUGAUGAUGAAGAACCAAACGGGAAUAAUAACUUACCAUUGAUUCCAAUGGCCGAAAAUGAUAAUGCAGAAGAACAACAACAAGAUGAAGUAGAAAAUGUAGCUGCUAAUGCUGCUGCUGCAGCUCCUAUUUCUUCACCAAUCCAAGCAGAACAACAAUGUGAAAACCAAGAAAAGUCUGAAGAUAAAAUGGAAAAUGAUGAAGAAAAAAGCAAUAAACAAAAAGAACUUAUAACAAAAGCUGAACUCUUUGAAUCGAUUCAAUUGACAAAAAAACAUAUUCGUCGCCUUGAAUUGAAGAAACGUCUUCGCGAAGGAAUCGAACAGGCCCAAAAACUUCAUCGUCAACUAUUUUUCCCCUAUGAACUGCACACUUCAGGUGGUUCAAAGAUUUUAGAAAUACAAAGUUGCACUAGCGACUGUACAGAUCCAAGUGGUGAUGACACAACAGAUAGCAGCGAUAGUGAUACUGAACAUACAACAAGCUCAAGUAGUGGCAAUGGUAAUCUCAAGUCAAGAAUGAUGAGGAAAAGGCCACGAAGAACCAAAUUGCCUCCAGGUAAAAGGAGACCUGGUGGAGGUGGUGGUAAUCCACCAUCAUCAUCAUCAUCAUCUUCAUCAUCAUCCUCAUCAUCGUCCUCGGAUUCUUCAUCGUCUGCAUCAGCGUUUACUUCAUGGACGACAUCUGAUGACGAUGAUGAAAGUUAUAAAAAGAAAAAACAAAAUCCUAAAGUCGAAAUCAAAACAGAAGAAUCAAGCGUCGUUAAACAAGAAGAACACGAUCAAGAGGAGGAUACUCAACAACCAGAACUACCGUCGGGCAAUAAUUUCCUCUUGCGAAGUUUUAAUCAUAUUUAUGUAUCGACCGAAGAACGUCAACGUCAACAGCAACUCAAACAAGCUUCAGAUUAUCGCCAUCAUCACGAUAUUAUCAAUAGUAGCAGCGGCGGUGGUUACAUAACUCUCAGUGGUGAUGAUUCCAAAGAUGAAACAGUUUCGGCCGUGCCAUUUGUAGAUAAUAAUGAUGGUUAUCUAAAAUAUUAUGAUGUAAAUCCAAGGUAUAAUGUUUAUGGUGGUAGUCAAUUAGCAUCAACAGCAGCAACCACCCAGUCAACAUCAAAGCCACAACCGCAGCAGUCAUCAUCACCUACAACAACAAUAGAGGAUACAUCCAUUGAUGUUGAAACAAUUGAACAACCAUUAUCGCAAGAAGUAGUUAUAGUUGAAGAAGAAGAAGACGAAGAAAAACCAUCAACAGUGAUAAUGUCUUCAGUAGACAUAGAUGUGGAACUAGGUGAAACCACUAAUAACAAUAGUAAUAUCCGUAUUAAUCCAGAAAGUAGUAGUGUUGGUAGUAUUAAUAUAAAUAUAAAUAAUAUUAAAAACAAUAACAGAAAUGUCCAAAUAAAUGAAAAGCGAGAAACAGAAAAAGCUGCAACAACAAAAACAGAACAACAAAAUAAUGAUGAUGAAGAUUCUGAUAAUUUAGUUGCUCAAGAAGAAUAUCGCACAGGAAUACGUCGCGUCGAUGAAGAUGUUGUCGAUGAAGAUGGCAAUAAUUGUGCUCGAACACAACAAUUUAAAGAGUGGCACGAAGUGUUACAACUACGGUCAUAUAAUGAUGAAUUAUUAACCGUUCUGCCUUAUGUAGUUAUCGAAUGAUAAAAAUUGAAAA